AUGGCGGCGGCCAAGAGGAAGCGUGAUGUCCCGGCCGCGCGGCCAAAGAAGCGCGCUAAGAAGGCUCCGAGCGGGCCUGGCGCGGAUGCGAAGCCGCGCGCGGACGGAGCGGGUCCAGAGGAGUACAGCAUCCCGCCACCGGUUUCCCAGGGUAAAUGGAAAAACAAGGAGCGAGUGCUUAUAUUCUCUUCUCGUGGAAUUAAUUUCAGAACCAGGCAUUUAAUGCAAGACUUAAGGACGUUGAUGCCCCACUCCAAAGCAGAUACUAAAAUGGACCGCAAAGACCAAUUGGCUGUUAUCAAUGAGGUGUGUGAAAUGAAAAACUGCAAUAAGUGCAUUUUUUUUGAAGCCAAGAAGAAACAGGAUCUCUAUAUGUGGCUUUCAAAUAUACCACAGGGACCGUCAGCUAAAUUCUUAGUGCAGAAUGUUCACACACUGGCUGAGCUGAAGAUGACAGGAAACUGCUUAAGAGGCUCACGGCCCCUACUGUCUUUUGAUCCAAUAUUUGACAAGGAGCCACAUUAUGCCCUCUUAAAAGAACUGUUUAUUCAGAUAUUUAGUACACCACACUAUCACCCCAAGAGCCAGCCUUUUGUAGAUCAUGUUUUCACCUUCACUAUUACGGAUGAGAGGAUCUGGUUCCGGAAUUACCAGAUAAUAGAAGAAGAUGCAUCUCUAGUAGAAAUUGGGCCUCGUUUUGUCCUGAACCUCAUAAAAAUCUUCCAAGGCAGCUUUGGAGGACCAACUCUGUAUGAAAAUCCCCAUUACCAGUCUCCAAAUACGCAUCGAAGGCUGCUGAGAUUGUCUGUGGCAACCAAACUUAGAGAGAAACAGCAAGUGAAGGAGGUGCAAAAGAUAAAGAAAACGGGGAGUAAAGUGCUUAUUGGAGAAGAUCCCACUGAAGUGGUCUUUCAAACUCCAGCUGAAGAAAAGCCAGUAGAAAUACAGCUUGUGAAACCAGAGUCAAAGCCAAUUGUUAAAGAUAAAAAGAAGCCACGCAAAAUUCAGAGGAAGAAGCAAAAAAAGCUUUUCAGAACUGAAGCGUCAGGGUAAAUGAUACAGGUGAUGAA